UUUUUUUACCUGUUUUCCAAUGUAAAAUGCCAUGGAUACUUUUGUAUCAAUGUGAAGCUCUUCAGUAGCGACUCGGACGCAGCCUUUUAACAUCAUAUUUGUGCCAAAUUGAAGAUCUUUGUGUGAAUUUCAAUGAUUUUAGUGAAGUUUUUAGUAAUUUUCGGGGCUUUUCAUUGUGCAUUUGCAGAGAGAUAUGAUGUUUGUGGUGAUUCUGGAUUGAGAUAUGUGUAUAUACCGAAAAUGGGAUGGGUCGGUCUAGGUUGGGCAAAUACUUAUGGACAAUUUCAUAAUAUAGAAUUAAUUUUGGAAUAUGAAACAUUUGUGAGACCUGAUCCAAACAAUUUGGGUUCACUUAAAAUUCUAACAAUGAUUCCAUUGACUGGUCCUGAAAAUUCGUACCAUUUUAAUAUACCCUAUGAAUUUACAUUACCCACGCAAUAUCCUUUACCGGAAGUUACAAAAGUAAUAAUAGAAGAGACAGUGCUGUGCAAUAUUACUGGUUAGUCCACAUUUUCAUUUUCUUUUAAUUGAAAUAAUAAGUCAUAAUGUGAAAAUCCUUUUAUCUUGUUUAGUUUCAAUGCCGUAUGUAGUUCAGUUGCGGUUGUUGUACAAUCACGACACACAAAAUAAUACGUUAAAAGCAGAAAUCAUAAAAAUAUCUGAAAGUACUACCACACUAGCACCCAGAGAUGAUCGAUAUGAGGAUGAUAGUGAGACUGUUGGAUGUGGUAAAGUUGAUACGGCUAACAUCUACGUGCCACUAAUUCUGGAAGGAAAGACAAUUGAAAGAGGGCAAUGGCCAUGGUUGGUCUCAGUUUAUUCCUACUCAAAUCUGAGACUUGGAUUCCAAUGUGGAGCUACACUCAUUUCAAAUAAAUUAGUUGUAACGGCUGCUCAUUGCUUCUUCGAUGACUACAAUCGAAGAGUCAAGCCAGAUGAUGUCCUCAUUAUACUAGGACAGUACAACCUUAAAAGGCCCCAAGAUCAAGUAACAAAGAUCGUGUACCCACAGAGUGUAAAUAUUCAUCCAGACUAUCAGAAGCUCAACAAAAUUGAUUCAGACAUUGCAAUUGUUGUUAUUCCUGAGCGGGUUCGUUUUACAACGUACAUCAGGCCUGCUUGUCUCUGGAAGGGUCCUGAAACAAAAAAGAGCAUUGUUGGGAAGACGGGAUUCAUUGCCGGGUGGGGUCGAGAUGAAAAUGGAAACUUCUUCACGGAACUUCCGAAACAAACGGAGAUUCCGGUAGUUUCGGACGCAGAAUGUUUACGGUCUAACGAUGUCUUUACGAGGAUCACAUCUGACGUGACUUUUUGUGCAGGAUGGCGCAAUGGGACUGAAGGUCCUUGCAAUGGUGACUCAGGAGGAUCUCUUGUAUUUGACAAAGAUGGUCGAUGGACUCUCAGAGGAGUUGUUUCAACGUCCUUGCUAACUGAUGGCAGCAAUACCUGCAAUCUCAAUGAAUACGUCGUCUUUACGGAUGUGGUACCAUUUACGGAUUGGAUAUUAUCCUUUGAUAAAGAAUACGAAUAUUAAGUUCAAAUAAUCUUGACCUAAUUCUUUUAACUUGCUAAAAAACAAACAUUUUAAAACAGAAACUUAAAAAAUAUAUAUAUUGAAUAAGAAAAUAAUAAAAUAAUUUAGCAAAAACAGUUUAUUUGUGUUUUGAUUUUGUGUGCGUAUAAUGUUAAAUAAAGAUCACUGGAGUCUGUGUUGGCAAAAGAAGCGUGUUUUUCCAGCCAUUCUGUUUUUUUAGCAGCGAUGCUAAAUACGAAACUUGUUGGGGAAUUUUAUUGGUUCUUUUUCACCUGUUUGUCACUAUAAAGUCCAAUGCAGAUGUACACAAGAAGAACUCACCUCUUUACUUGUAUUUAUGCUUCAGAGUUCUUUAGUCAAUUCUCAUAUGUUGGUAAAAACGUUGAUCGUGGAAGGUUUUGAGUGAAAAGUAUCUGUGAUACGGGCAUAACACCGUCUUUAGGGACGUAUCACCGUUUACAGAUUGGAUAGUAUCCUUUGAUAAGAAAUACAAUUUUUUGUAGAUUUUCCUGAUGGUUUUUUUUUUUCACUUGAGAAAAAACGAAGAGAUGAAGACCCACCUUCGUCUUUCUAUUGAUUUACAAAUUAAAAUCUAGAGCAAGAGGCGUGAUUUAUUAAUGAGACCUCUGUGAAUUUUUUCAUGGGCAAAUAAGACAUUAUUUUAAUAAAAAAAAAAGAAUUUCCCAACUUCCUCAACUACUCAUUAUACGGUUUAUUGCAGCAAAAAUUUUAUUUCUGCGAAUUUCCUCGAUUUUUACGGUCAAUAUGACCCAAAUAGUUAAAAUGUGUGACUGAUGCAGAAAUGCAAUAACAGCUGAAACGCUUCCACCAUAUUUGGUUAUUUUGUUGCUUUUCUGCGGUAUAUAGUACAAAACACCUUGAUCUUGUGUCUAUUUUAUUAAAUUUUUCACUCCGUUUUUUUAUGGAACUCCAACAUUUCAGCUGAAUAAGCGUUUUUUUUUUCGAGACGAGAAAAUGGUUUUGUGUCCAAAAAGAAAGGAAAAGUGAUGAAUGAUGUUUUUUUUUGUUUAAUUUGAAAAGUAAAUCUGUUUAAUGGGUGUUUUGAUAUUAAAUUUGUAGACUUUGUGAGAGAGACUUGAGAGAAAUUUUCGUGGCUUUCAUUACUUCAUUAGAGGUAAUUUUCAUAAUAGCAAUUACAUAAAAAAACAGCAGAUAAAAUUAUGUGAGAGAGUGAAAUGAAAAUUACAAGAGGCUGAAGAACUUGAUACUUGAAAGGCAAGAAAAAUGCCACAAUUCGACGGUGUUUAUUGCUUUUUUUUUCAAGAUAUUGUUGAGAUUUAUUUUGUUAAUUUGUUUUGUAAAAAGGAGGGAAGUAAAAAAUAGGGAGGGGGUCUACUGAAAGCUUCAAAACUGUCUCUAAUCGUUGAAAUUCAAUAUUUUCAUCAUAAAUCGAUAGUUGGGAAAUUACUAUCGACGUUUUACCUGCAAAAUGUGGUAUUUAAAAAUUAAGAAAUUUAUCAAUUUUUUACUAAAUAUUUUAUAUUAUCGUUUAAUCGAUACGCUUUAAAGAAAAA